AUGGCCGAUGGCAAGGAGGUCAUCGAGGACUCUUUGACAGUUCGCGAGUUGCAGACAGUCUUGGAUCCUAAGUUGGUUCGCGGAGUGUCAAUGUCUGAGUGCCUCAGUGGCUGGGCCCAGCAUUUUAUGCCGCCUGAUCCUGGCAUGUUCAACGUCGACAAGGAGAAGUACAAGCUCAGCAAGCAAACUGAAUCAUUCGACGAGUUCCUGAGCCAUGACUGGGCUACUUCCCGCUGGCUCAAGUUUAUGUCGCUCCUCAUGAUCCACAACUCUCGUGCUGCUGCUGUUACUGCAUUGCUGUCAAGCAUCUGCGUUGCCAUUUUACAGGCUUUUGAGGUACUUCCCGCCGAUUCUUGGAUCGUCUUCUUCGUGUACCCAGUCUAUUGGUUUGUCCUGCUUUUCUGGCAGCGUAUCCGCUCCCUAUUCUUCACGCCGGCGACUGUCUUUUUAGAUAAGCUCUGCAUUGCGCAGCAUGACGAAGAUCUCAAGCUCCAGGGCAUCCUCGGUCUGGCAGGAUUCUUAGAUCGAUCGCAUCAGCUCACCAUCCUCUGGUCCCACAGGUAUUUUUCGAGGAUGUGGUGCGCCUAUGAGCUUGCUACAUUCUUGAGGAAUCCGAAGCAGCAAAAGCCAAUCCAAAUCAUGCCUGUGAAGAUGGCCGUGGUGCUUUUCCUGUUCGCCGGAUGUGAGGUAUCUGUUAUGGUAGGCUUUUUUUGGAUGCCGGAGUUUACUCUCAAAGACGGCAGCGGGCACUUCUUCGAGCAGCUUUUUUGGUUCUGGCUGUCUCUAGCGCCAUUUGUGCUCCUCAGCGUUCCGGUGACCUUCUACAUUGGGAUGAGCCUUUUCGAGGAUCUACAGGAGUUGCCUCAGCAAAUGGCCAAUUUCAGCGUUCAGCAUGCUCAGUGUUUUUGCUGCUCCAACGGUCACAGGCACCCGCAGACAGGAGAAGUGUUACCUUGUGACCGAGAGCUUAUAUUCGGCACACUCAAGAAGUGGUACGGGGAGCCUGGCGACGUGGGCACAGAGCAUCUAGACAGGUUCGACUACCAGGUGCAAGAAAGCUUGGCUCCUACGGUGCUGCGCGGAAUGGGCCGCAGCUGGAUACCGUUGAAUUACACCGUGUACAUGGUCGGCGUGUCCUCGGUGCCCGGCCUCUCUCGAACCAUUCUCUCCUGGAAAGCGGGACCGCCCGUGGAGCUGGCUGGCUUCGAUCUGGCGGUAUGGGGAUUGCGUGAAUUGUUGAAAUGGGCUUUCUUGGCUUUGGUCAGCAUCUUCUGGGUUCAGUUGAGUAUGCACGUCCUUCAUUAUGGCCUUCGCUGGUCCAAGUACAUCACACGCUUUGGCUGCGCCACGGUGUUGUGGAUACCGGUGAUGUUGGGCGUCUUCAUUGAGUACACCUCUUUCAUGGUAUGCAUCGAGUACACGGACCACAACAGUGUCUUGCCGGUUAUCCUGUUCGUUGCCUGGUGCGCCUGGAUCUUUUGCCUCAGCUACUACUCGAACGGGCCGCUCAGAGCCGCACAGUCUGCCAAGGCUCGAAAGUCAAAGCCCGUCUUCAAAGAAGACGUGCCCGAUGUUCAGGUUGAAGUGGCUACUUCGGCUACUGACCCCUUAGGCAGGACCCACCUGUCCGAGAUUGCUCUUGAGGUUGGUCCCGAUGACGUCAGCAAUGCGGACACCAUCUCAGUUUUUGAAACCUGA